GCUGUUGCUGCUGCUGCUGCUGCUGCUGCUGAGCCGCGGAGCCGCCCAGGAGCUGAGCCCCCGCGGCAGGAACGUCUGCAGGGCCGGCGGCUCCUCAGUGCUCGUGUGCUGCCCAGGAUGGAGGCAACAAGGAAGCGAGUGUUUAAUCGGUAAGCACUGGUAUUUUGCUUUGUUGGACACUGUUCAUCUGCCCGUCUUUUGCUGAGCCCUUCUGGCAUCACCACUGCUGUCAGGGGCCACCCUGAUGUGACCUGCAGUGAGGACCCUGGUCCCGGGGACCCCUCCCUGCAGCUGGACUCCCUGGGGAUACUGGAGACUGCUUUGCCUCCCUGCCGUGCUGGGAGCCGUGUGGAUGGAAUGGGUGCUCAGCCCCAGUGAUGGGGUGCUGGUCACAGAGCCCAGCCCUGGGGCACCCUCUGCUCCCACAGUGAUGCCCUGGGGUGCCCCAGCUCCUCCACAGGGAGCAUCACGUCUGCUCCCAGCCUGGGGGUUUCUCUCCAUGCUGGCCAGCUUUGGGUCUAAGGAUUUGGGGGAGCUGCUCUGGGACCCAAGGGACAGUGAGGUGUCCCCCAGGGUGAAGCGUUGGGGACAGGGAAGGUGCAGCUGCAGGAGUGGGACCCAGAGCGGUUCCACGGGAUGCUGCAGCAGCGUGAGGAGCCAAGCUGGAGCUGCCGGUGGAGGAGAAGCUGCCAGGACCAGGCAUGUGUCCACCAUGGCUCCGUUGGGCAGAGGUUGUUGGGGCAGGCAGGCUGUCAGGCAGGGGCCACCAUGCCUGCAGGCAUGGCAGCCCCAUCUGGGCCAUGCCAGUUGUUACAGCUCUUACUGGAGUCCACAGCGAGGCAGAAGAGAUGCUCAGCAUGAAGCCCUGGGAGCUCUCAUCCCCUGCACUGCCACCACAACGCAGGUGGCUGUUUUGGGGUUCCUGUGCUACCCCCCGCAGCCUCAGCUGGCCAUGGGGCCCACCUUGCCUCAGGAGAGCCGGAGGGAGCUCUGUGGCAGUGAAGACCACGUAACCAACUAACCCACGGUGCAUGAGCCCUCGUAACCGCUCGCUGCAUGCAUUGGGUGCCCUGCGUCGGGGAGCAGGACACAGUCCCUUCGGCGCAGGAAGGGAGAAGGACAGAGUGCCACGACAGCGGGGGGAGGACGGUCCCACCAGCGAGCUGUCCCCAUCUCCUCACCGCCCCCACAACCUGCUCUAACCGUUAGACUCACUGCUCCUAACCUGUGUAAUCUGUCUAUUUUAGGGUUUUCUAUAGUAUCCAUCACCGUAGGUCUAAGAACUCCCAGCCGUGUGCGAGGGGAACUUCACCUGCAAGGAGAACGAGGUGUGCGUCAGGCCCAGCGAGUGCCGCUGCCGCCACGGCUACUUCGGCGCCAACUGCGACACCAAGUGUCCCCGGCAGUUCUGGGGUCCCGACUGCAAGGAGAUGUGCAGCUGCCACCCCAACGGGCAAUGCGAGGACGUGACGGGCCAGUGCACCUGCAACCCCAACCGCUGGGGUCCCAAAUGCGAGAACAUCUGCCUCUGCAAGCACGGCAAGUGUGACCAGAAAACGGGCAAAUGCACCUGUGAGCCCAACUGGUGGGGACCCCAGUGCUCCAGCUCCUGCUAUUGCAGCCACAACUCCCAGUGCGACCAGCAGACGGGCAACUGCCUGUGCCAGCCCGGCUGGUGGGGCCGCGGCUGCAACAACCAGUGUUCCUGCAACAACUCGCCCUGCGAGCAGUUCACGGGGCGCUGCCAGUGCCGGGAGCGGACCUUCGGGCCCCGCUGCGACCGCUACUGCCAGUGCUACAAGGGCAAGUGCAACCAGGUGGAUGGGACCUGCACGUGCGAGCCGGGCUACCGGGGCAAGUACUGCCGCGAGCCGUGCCCGGCGGGCUUCUAUGGGCAAGGCUGCAGGAGGCGGUGCGGGCAGUGCAAGAGCCUGCAGCCGUGCACGGUGGCAGACGGGCGCUGCCUGACCUGCGAGGCCGGCUGGAAUGGCACCAAGUGUGACCAGCCCUGCUCUCCUGGCUUCUACGGAGAGGGUUGUGAGAAGCUCUGCCCCCCCUGCAAGGAUGGCCACACGUGCAACCACAUCAAUGGCAAGUGCUCCCACUGCAACCCGGGCUGGAUCGGAGACCGGUGUGAAACCAAGUGCCGGAACGGGACAUACGGGGAGAACUGCGCCUUUGUCUGCAGCGACUGCGUCAACGGCCAGUGCCACUUCGAGACUGGUCGGUGCCUCUGCCACCCUGGCUCUCACGGCACCUACUGUAACCUGACUUGCCCACCCGGCCGCUAUGGAGCCAACUGCGCCGAAGCCUGCAGCUGCCACGACGGCGCCUGCGACCCGCUGACGGGUGCCUGCCACAUGGAGGCCAACCAGAGGAUGGGGGUGAUCGGGGCGGGAGCCCUCCUGGCGCUGCUGCUCAUCCUCCUCCUCUCCCUGCUCUGCUGCUGCUGCGUCUGCCGCAAGAAGGACGAGGUCCGGGGCUCCAGCCAGGACCCGGCAGCCGCCAAGAAGCCACCGAGACGCUUGUGCGGGCGGUUCAGUCGGAUCAGCAUGAAGCUCCCGCGCAUCCCCCUGCGGCGCCAGAAGCUGCCCAAGGUCGUGGUGGCCCACCAUGACCUGGAGAACACCCUGAACUGCAGCUUCAUUGAGCCACCCUCCAUGGUGGAGCAGCCCUCCCCAUCCUGGUCAUCCCGCGGCUCCUUCUCCUCCUUUGACACCACAGAUGAGGGGCCGGUGUACUGUGUCCCCCACGAAGAGAGCGUGGGUGACAGCAGGGACAGGGGGACACCCGCCAGCCCUGGGGACAAGCUGGUGGCUUCAGCUGGUGGGGAGGAAGCAGGUGAAUACACCUUCCUGAAAGAGACGGGCUCUGUCAGAGCCUUCCCGGCCGACAGCAGUGAAACGCCCCUGCUCAAGUCCUCAGACAGCGAGCGCUCCUCCUGCGGCUCGGGUUCGGCCGGUGCCGUGCUCUAUGCCCGGGUCGCCCGUCUCUCCAAACAGUCCAAGGAGGAGGAGGAUGCCGUCACAGAGCCCCGCAGCCCGGGGAAGCCACCAUCCCCAGAGAGGACCAAGCCCCGUCCCCCAGACCCAGCCACGAAGCCCAAAGUCUCCUGGAUCCACGGCAGGUACAACUCCAGCCAGUCCAACUCACUGCCGGCGCCCAGCCGGUCCCCAGAGCAAGCAGCCGCCCGGUCCAGCAGCCCCGAGCAAGGUCAAGGCUUGGCCAAGAGGAAGAGGAGCCCGAGCGAGACAUCGGCCAGCGUGCAGGGCAGAGCAGAGGAGAAGGGAGGCACGCGGAGCAAGGAGAAAGCACAGAAGCAGCCAAAAGAGCCUGGUGUCCAUGAGGGCAAAGCCAGCCUGGCCGGGGAGCCUCAGUCACCCUCCAAGCCCAAGCAGAGAAGCAAAGGUGGCUCAGAGCCGACGGAGAGCAUCAACGGGGCAGUGCAGAACGCCUUCCGAAAGAUGGGCGCCUUCCAGCCGGAGCGGCGGGUCGGGGACAACAAGGAUGCUCCUCGCAGCCCCGGCACCAGCAAAGCCCGCUCCGAGCCCCUCCAUCCCCACCUGGCCUCCGAGCUGGCCGCCCAGCUGAAGGAAAAGACUCAGAGCCUCAACAAGGGGGACGGGAGCACCCGGGUGAACGGGGUGGGUGCCCAGCGGGAGAAGCCCACCCCUCCGCAGAAAGCCAAGCGCUCGGCGGCCGCCGGCGGCCAGAAGGCCAGCAAGCCCUUGCUGCCCACCUCUCCCCACCUGCAAAAACUGAUCCCUGGGGCGGCCGAGCCGGCAGCUGGGGAGCCCAAGCGGGUGGAGAAGCCAAGCGCCAGCAGUGGCCAGGACCAGGCUCUCCCCAGCGAGCAAGCGGCCAAGAAAACUCCCAUUAAAAAGCCUCCCAGGAAGAAGAGUCGAGAAGCCAGCCUGGAGCCGCCCCGCGCAGCCACCGUGCCUGCUCAGGCGGUGCAGUGACCAGGAGCCGGGCACCGGCCCCACGCCGGCUGGCCACCCGCCGGGAGGACAGACGUUUGCUGGCAUGGCCAGCGGACGUGGACUGGGUAGGGGGCACUGGAAGAGCCUCGAGCCUCCAUUUCUCCCCUCCAUCUCUCUCAUCCCCUUUUUCUCCUUUACCCUCCUCAUACCCCAGGACCUGGUCCUCCCCGUCCGUGCCCUGCUGCCGGCUCCCUGCCCGGGUCUGGCAGCUGCUCGCCCUCCCCACGCAGGGCAGGACCACAGGGAGCCGGCCCGGCCACCAACCAGGGGGGAUCCCUGCGUGGCAUAUUCGCCCCCUCAUCCCCCUUUUUUGUAGCAGUAUUAUCGAUCGCAUAAGCAGCGCUUGUUGUACUAGACGUACCCACGGUAUAUUCUGCAGUAACGGAGCCGCUCGCUUCCCGCGCCCCACUCCAGUCUGCCAGGAGAGGGAGGGUGCUGCUGCUUGGCGCCCAGGGCAUCGCCAGGGACGUGCCCUGCAUCCAUCACCAGCAGCAAACCCCUGCCCCGGCACCCCGGGCUCCGGGCAUGGCGCUCCAUUGCCGGUCCCACCGCAGCUGUGCUGUGCCCGGUGUGGGGUCGAGCUGGUUUCGACCGAUGCCUCCCUCCUAUCCACCCUGGGGUUGCUUCUGGCCAGGAGCAAAGCACUAUUUAUGGCCAGAGCUGGACGCCUUCGGGCUCCAGCAUCCCAUCCAGCGGAGUUGGAGGGAUUAGUUUGGUACGACAGAGCCUGGCACCUCUGCAGAGUGCUUUCCUAAUAAAAAUGUAUUUCUUCCAUAGCCAGGUGCCAUGUCUCCAUGCCCCACACUUCCCAUGGGCAGGGGACCUGCUGAGCAUCACCUGGUCCGGCUGGGGUGCUCAGCCCAAUCGUGAGUGGGAUGCAGUGGGAGUGGAGGACCUUGCAGCAGGUCAGGCAGGGGGUGGCAGGUAGGGAGGGUGGGGAGGCAGGUCCCUGCUGCGGCUGCUCCUACGUGCUCGCUUGGCAGCAGAGACCAGCCCUAGGGGCAAGAUCCCCUCACCCCCCCGGUAUCCAGCAUCCUCCCCCAGCCUGGCAAGAGCCCCUGGGGUUGCAGACCAGUAUUGUGGUCAGACCCUCUCCAGCAUAGCCAGGAUUGGACCCUGGGGCUCAAGAAAGCUCUGGCCACUGGGCAAAGGAGGUCCACCCCUGGCUGGGUGCUCAGGGUGCUGGGACACAAAUGUGGGGAGACAUGGGGGACUGGCAGUGGGAUGCAGAGCUCUGGCCCCAGUUUUCUAACCCACCCCGCCGAAGGGUUAUCAGAAGCGUUUGGGCUCUCCAUGCAGCCUGGGGCAGGGUGCUGCCAUGUGCCAAGGCUGCGACAAGCCCAGGGGCCAGCUGAGAUGGGCUUUCUCCCACACGACUUCUGCUCAAGAUUCCCAAGCAGUCGUGUCGACAGUUUGCCUACCCUGUGCCUGGAGGCUCCCAUCGCCUCACCCGCACACUGCCUGCACGCUGUCCCAUCUUUGUGUGCGUUUUGCAGUCUCUCUGCCUGCUCUGCCUCUGCUCUGCCUGCACUCUCCCCACACGCUGCCUGUGCUGUGUGGCUGCCCAGGUCUGCUCCGCAGUGGGCAUAGGGACUCCAGGUCCUUUAGGGCUCUGGCUCUGUCCCUGCAAGGCUCCUUCAGCCUCAGCCAGAGCCUCUGGCAGCCCAUGGGGCUGCAGCACCCACCACUCUGGAGGAGCCGGAACCGCUGCAGGGAGAAAUGAAAACGGGGCUCACCAGACCACUGGUGCCUGCUGUUGGCCAUCCUGAGCUCUGCCCUUGAUGAGGAAUGACGGACUGGGAGAACACCAGUCCAAAAGGCCAGCUGCAGGGCAGUCUCAGAGGCGAUGGUGAUGGUGAUGGAGGCAGCUGGUGAACACCAGAAUGGGAUGAGACCACCUGGAGCCAGGACUGCAGCCAGCAAAGCACUCGGAGGGGCUGGGGCUCCCGCAGGUUCUCUGGCACCACUCAGCAUCGCAGAGCCAGAGACAGCACAGUGUCUGUGACGCUGACUGGAGAAGCAUCGUCUCAUAGCAAAAGCUGAAGAAUAAAGGGAUGGGUCAUCACGCAACUUGUCAGCAUUGCUUACAAGACUUUUGGCCACCUUUCAGCGCACCUUCACUCUCCCUCCCCUUUCCAUCAGGUUUUAUUUGGGAAGAUGGAAGACAACAGCUGAAACUACUCCUGGCACAUCACAGAGCAGAGUAACAGGAGGUGAUGAAUCAGCUCAAUGUUCAUCGAAGUCAAAAUAGACAAAAUCAAUAGAAAAAUGGGUGCACUGAGUCUAUGAGACCUGGGAUGGCAUUGAAGUCCCUCUCCCUCCACCAUAGAGGCUGUUGGAGAAACAGAAGAGGCUUCCAGGAUGCUCAGAAAGAUCUGGGAGAAGGAAAGCAGUCGAAUCCGGGCAAUAAAAUUACAAAAGUAAAUGCAAUUGAAGAAGAAAGAACUUCUCACAGACAUCACUCAGUCUUGUGCAAACCAUUUCACAUCAGCACUAAAGAGCAUGUGUGGGGAACCAGCCAUGAUACUCACGAUUAUGACCCAGCAAGGUGAAUUUGGGAAUAGCCCCAGCCUCCUCUCAGGCCGCUUUCUCACUCAUGCAGGCAGCAAAGCUGAGGCUGGUGCUCCAGGGAGGUUGGACCCUGUAAGCUCGCCCCAGUCCACAGGCUGUCCUGGGAGAGCAGAGCUUCGCCCAGGCAUGAGCCCGUCCACAGGCUCCAAUCAGCGCCCCAGCAAGCCAGAGGAGAGCCUGCGAGUGAGCAGCCUACAGGUAAAUGCAAAAAUCCCACAUCUCAGACACUGAUGUGCAUCCUGGGGGGUCCCUGGAAGCUGCAGCACAACCAGGCAGCAACACACCAGUCAGGACCACUGUGGCAUUGUCUGGCUGAGUCUUGAGAACCUCCAAGGGUGGAGAUCCCCCAGGCUCCUGGUGACUGUCCCAGGGCUGCACCAAGUCUCCUGGGGAAGAAUUUUCUUCUGGGGUUCAACUUGUAUCUUCCUAACUGCAGUCAGUGCAUGUUGUCCCCCAUUGUAUCAUCUGGCGCCACCAAGAAGGAUUCAACUCUGUCAUCUUAGUUGUUGGCUGCUCUCAGAUCCCUUCACCUCCUUGUGGCCAGGCUAAACCAGCCCAGCCCCUUCCACUUCUGCAGUAUGUGCCAGCUUUGUGACCAUGAUGCUAGCCCCCCUCCAGGCCUCUCCAGUUUCUUCACAUCCCUUUUGAACUGGGAGGCCUGUAUCUGGACCCUACAGGGUGGAGAGGCAGCAGCUUCCUUCAGGUGGCUGCCCAUUCCCUUCCCACUGUACCCUGCUAUGGGCUUUGCCUUACUCUGGAGAAGAGCAACAACAAGCUGAUAUUCAACCUGAAGUCUACUGUAGCCUCCACAUUCUUUGAAGCAGGGUCCUUCCAGCUCAGAUGGGUCAGAUGCUUCUCCAAGAAUUGUCCUGUGGUGUCACAGGCCAUGAAGGACAUCACCACUGCAAUGGUUGAGGCAUUGCAACACCUCCGCAUCGUGAAGGACUGAUUUCUCUGCAUAAUGGGACAGUAAAUCUCUUUUCCAAGUAUCUUACGAAGGCCUGCAGGCUUUCCUCCCACAGCCACACUUUGGCUAUCUCUAAUUGACAGCACCCUGCGACAGACACCAGUGAGGGGACUUUGUUUAGGGGUCCACAAAUCAGCAGAGGCUGAAAACCCUAAAACAAUGUCCCCUGCAGCUGUGAGACCCGCCAGGGAGAUUGUAGCUUGCUUUUUCUUAGCCACUUUCCACUGCUCUCCUGGACGUGCAGAAACCUUUGACCUCAAGGGAAAACCAGCUGAACCCAAUCACAGAAACAAGUUGUGAUGUGGAGCAAAACCAGGUCUUCUGCUCACUCAAGAUGGGGCAGAAGCCACUUAUCGCUUGAAGCCACCUUCAGGAGCCACCAUCCCUGAAGCCACCUUCCCUGACAGACAGGUCAGGUUUUCAGUGACAAUAUGAUGGCUUGACUAAGCACAUUGCAUGGCCUCCCAUGGAUGAGCAGAAGCAGUGGAUGAAUCUGGCAGAAGAUGCUGAGAUGGUGCAGGACCUGCCCAGCAGCCACCAGCCCUCCUCUCCACCAGGACCUCAGCCAGGGGAAGCAGAGGAGCAUGAUGACACUUGUGGCCCGUCCUCUCCUCCACCAACACUGUAAGGCUGGUCUUCUUCACAUUUCAUCCCAAUUUCCCAAACUGAAGAAGGAGCUCUUGGGUUGGACAACGGCACAUUUGUUUUGGCUUGGCUGGCAAGCAGUGAUAAAAACGAGCUCAUUGCCAACAAUUCAUUUUGUAUUUCAGGCCCUACCAAAAAUAAACCUGGAAGGGAAGCUUCAACGAGAAUGAAACAA